UUGACGGGUUGCUGCUGACUGACAACAGGUGAACGAGAGUUCGACGUUAUAAACACAUACAGGGCUGAGGAGGAGGACAGGACGGGAGACAGAAACUGGUGACAGGAGGCUGACAGAAAGUUCUCCAGUGAUUAGGAAACCAAGGAUAUCAAGAUGGUUACUCCUCCUUCCCCUCCCCCUGGUGACCCGAGCAGACUGGCUCCGAGAGAAGACGCAUAACUCACACACAGAAAAUCCAGACAAUCCCUCUGCGAUUGGAAGAGGAUGGGGCGUCCCGCUAUGCUUUUGUUUCCUGUGAGAGGAAAACUUCAAUCACUUCAGAGCUGCGUCUUCAUUGGUCCGCUCCGAGUUUCAUGAGCCCUCUCCUGAAGUCGUCUGAUUGGUCCUUCAUUGCAGUGUGAAGACUUUUCCAGCCAAUCGUUAUCCGCCUGGUGCUGCAGCGUCUCCUCUGCAGCAGAUUUCUGCCUCAGUCAGGACACAGAGAGAGAGAGAGAGAGAGAGAGAGAGAGGGGAGAUCGAGGUUCACUGCAGCUGAAUCAGGGAUUCUGCACAAGUGAUCUCCAACAUGGAGGUACCCAGAAGGCCUCAGCCCUCCUCCUUCACUCUGCCUCUACCUAAACCUGCUCUGUCAUCGCUCGGAGCCGCCGAGAAGGUCACCAGGAAGGAUUCGAUGACGGAGCAGAGGGACCGAACCACAGAGAAGGACCCGUAUGGAGAAGAGACGUUAAGCUCAGAGGAGGAGUCAAAUGUGUCGCUAUGUUCGGAGAGCUCAGAACUUUUAAACACUAACACUGCAGGAGCUACACUUUCCUCUCAGGAUAGUUUCUCUGAGGCGAGCUCGAUAUCGGAGGAGAGGCUGGCAGAGGAGGCCAGGAAGAAGACAGAAGAGGAUGAAGCAGCAUCGAAAGAGAGGGCGGCACAGAGGCAGCUGCUGGCUAUAGAGGAGCUGGUGAUGUCUGAAAGGAAUUACCUGAGACUGCUUCAAGUCAGCACUGUGACCAUCAGGAGCAACCUGCAGAAACUUCAGCCUCCCCUCGUCAACCUGGACAGCAUGUUCCUCCACAUAGAGGAUGUGAUCAACGUGUCAUGUCGUCUCCUCGGCCUGUUGGACCAGAAGCAGAUCCAACCUGGAGACCCUCUCUUCCUGCAGACACUCUGUGAUUCGUUCCUCAGCCUCUCUUCAGACAUUGAAACAGCAUACAGGGAAUAUCUGUCAAACUACAGCCACGUCACAGUGGUGGAGAACAGCUUCAAACAGAAGGAGGCACUCUGGAAUGAGAUCGUCAAAGUCGUCAAGACCUCAGCGCCUGAAGUAAACGCCACCUCUCUGACUUUCUUCUUGGUGAUGCCUGUGCAGCGGAUCGCCCGCUACCCUCUCCUCCUGCAGACCAUCCAGAAACACACAGAGAAAACUCACCCAGCGUACGCACUACUGGAGCAAACCGCUCACACCUCCAUCGCCUUAAACUGUCGCAUCAAUGAGUACAAGCGCUUCAGAGAAGUUGCUGACAAAUACAAGAAGACUGAAACUCUCACCAUGAAGGACAAGAUCAACCGUCUCAACACCCACAGCAUCGCCAAGAAGACGGCCAGGAUCAGCCAGCACUUCAAACACGAGGCUGGAAUAGCGCCUAAGCUGGUGGACGAGGAGUUUGAUGCCUUGGAAGGUUUAUUUUAUGUCGUUGAACAUGGCAUCCUGGAACUCCUUGAGAACGUGGAGAUGUACCUGCACCACCUACAGAGGUUCCUGGCCUGCAAAACAGAGGAGUUUGACUUUGACAUGGAUGGAGAGAAGGCACCUAUUUGCUACAAGGAGAUCACUACAGCUCUCCGGCAGUGGAUUCUUCCUACGUUUGAGAGGAGGUUAAAGACGUUGAUCCACAAGCCGCUGUGUGCGCUCCGGGACCUCCUGGUGGGUCCGAGGAACCUGAUCAGGAAACGGCUGGACAAGCUGCUGGACUAUGAAGUGAUCUGUGAGAAGUCCAAUCUGAGCUAUGAGGAGCAGGCCGUGGCCAACACAUACAGGACGAUGAACACGCUGCUCCUCAAUGAGCUCCCUCAGUUCAACAGUCUGGCUCUGCAGAUGAUCUGGAGCAUGCUGGGGACGUUCAGCUGUCUGCACAGAGACCUCGCCUCAGACAUGGAGCAACUGUUCCAGAGCUUUGCACAGCAGCUCCCUCAGAGCUCUCUCAACCCCAAAGCAUUCUGGGAGUGGGCUGAGUCUGCAGUGCUGGAAGGUGCGAGGAGGCUGGAGACUUUGUGUCAGAAUGUACAGGACACGUUAAAUGCCCCCAUCGACCAGCCUCUGAGUCCAUCUUCUCAGCACCGUCUGAAGCAGCUGACUGAUAAGCACGGCUCUGGAAAGAUCUACCAGGUGGUUGGGACUGUGGUAGGUAGCAGGGACCUUGACCUGAAUCUGGCCAAAGGGGAGCUGGUGGCCAUCAUCAGUCAGGCAGACACCCGCGGAGACAAGAAGAGAUGGCUCAUUGAUGCAGGAGGCAGACGAGGCUACGCUCCAUCCUCGAAGCUGAUUCGAUACCACCAGCCGACAGAUGACCCGCCUCCUUCUCCACACCUGGCCUUACCUGAAAGCCUCGCAGGAAUCAGGAGACACUCGUACACUCCAGAGGGCCGCCCACUGACCGUCAUGAGCCAGCCCUGCUUCCAGGUGUUUGCAGCCUACAACUUCAACGCAAGAGGAAACCAUGAAGUAUCCAUUCGUUCCGGCGAGCCAGUCCGCGUCCUGGAGCCACACGACAAACGAGGGAAUCCUGAGUGGAGUCUGGUGGAGGCGAGAGGAGGGCAGAGAGGUUAUGUACCCUCCAACUACCUCACAAUCAUGGCUGUGGGGACAGGGACACCUGGUGCACACUCAGCUUUCUGCUGAGAGGAAAGGAAGGAAGGAGGGAGAGCAGCAUGUACAGUAUGAAGAGUGAAGCUGCAAUGCUUCUCAACCGCCAAUGAAGAAGUCCAGUGGCAAAAUCAGUGUUAUUAAACAGACUCUAGAGACGUUUA